AUGCGCAUCUUCAGCAUUGUUCCUCUGCUUUUCGUUGCGUUCCUCUCGGGCCUCGGCCUGGUCGCCGCCACCAACGAUGGCAACACCACCGCCGUAACCUGGGACCCAUACAGCCUGUCCGUGAACGGUGAGCGGGUGUACAUCUUCUCAGGCGAAUUCCACUACAUGCGCCUCCCCGUGCCGGAAAUGUGGCUGGACGUGUUCCAGAAACUGCGCGCGAACGGAUUCAAUGCUGUGUCCAUCUAUUUCUUCUGGAGCUACCACUCCGCCUCAGAAGGCACAUUCGACUUCGAAACAGGUGCCCACGAUAUCCAACGCGUCUUCGACUACGCCAAACAGGCCGGUCUGUACGUGAUCGCCCGCGCAGGGCCGUACUGCAACGGCGAGACCUCCGCCGGCGGGUUCGCGCUGUGGGCUGCGAACGGGCAGAUGGGCAAGGAACGCACAAGCGCUGAGUCGUACUAUUCGCUCUGGCAGCCGUGGAUUCUAAAUGUCGGCCGGAUCAUCGCCAGAAACCAGGUCACGAAUGGCGGGCCUGUUAUUCUCGUUCAGCAUGAGAAUGAAUUGCAGGAGACGGAUCACAGUCCCACCAAUACACUCGUGGAGUAUAUGGAGCAGAUCACCGCUGUGUUUGAUGAAGCGGGGGUGAUUGUCCCCAGCACCCAUAAUGAGAAGGGCAUGCGCUCCGAAAGCUGGUCCACAGACUAUGAAGAUGUCGGCGGCGCGGUCAAUGUCUACGGGUUGGAUUCGUAUCCCGGGGGAUUAUCCUGCACGAACCCAGACUCGGGAUUCAAUCUCGUGCGUACCUACUACCAAUGGUUCCAGAACUACUCCUAUACGCAGCCGGGAUUUCUCCCCGAGUUUGAGGGCGGCUGGUUCCAGCCCUGGGGCGGGUAUUUCUACGACCAGUGCGCUGCAGAGCAGUCCCCCGAGUUCGCGGACGUGUAUUACAAGAAUAACGUCGGCUCUCGCGUGACAUUGCAGAGCCUCUACAUGGCCUUCGGUGGGACAAACUGGGGAUACAGCGCCACGCCCGUCGUCUAUACAUCGUACGACUACGAUGCGCCAUUGCGUGAGACUCGCGAGAUUCGAGAUAAGUUGAAACAGACGAAGUUGCUGGGUCUUUUCACCCGAGUCUCGAGUGGCUUGCUUCACACGGAGAUGGAAGGGAAUGGCACGGGGUAUACUGAUGACAGCAGUAUCUAUACUUGGGCCCUGCGGAACCCGAGCACGAAUGCUGGGUUCUAUGUUCUUGCGCAUGACUCGAGUCCGUCUCGCGAUGUGACGGAUUUUUCGUUGAAUGUCAAUACUUCAGCUGGUGCCCUCACCAUCCCGGAUAUCCAACUAGAUGGCCGCCAGAGCAAGAUCAUUGUCACGGACUACCAGAUCGGAACGCAGUCCAGCCUGCUGUACUCCUCCGCCGAGGUUCUGACCUACGCCACCCUUGAUGCUGACGUUAUUGUGUUUUACCUGAAUAUCGGCCAGAAAGGCCACUUCGCCUUCAAGGAUGCACCGGCCCAUCUGACCUACCAGACCUACGGCAAUUCACAGGUCAGCUCUGCGAAGGCAAAUUAUGGGGCCCAGUACUCGUACAUCCAGGGGCAAGGCGCGACAGUUAUCAAAUUCUCCAAUGAUGUGCUCAUCUACCUGCUCGACAAGGAGACGGCGUGGAAUUUCUUUGCCGUUCCCACGACAUCAAACCCCAAUGUUGCUCCGAGUGAGCAGAUCCUUGCCCUAGGUCCGUACCUGGUUCGUGAAGCUACGGUCAGCAGGGAUACCGUUAGCCUUGUUGGCGAUAACGCCAAUACUACUUCCCUUGAAGUAUAUGUCGGGUCUUCCAAGGUCAGAAAAAUCAAAUGGAACGGAAAGGAAAUCCAAACCAAACGGACAGCCUAUGGCAGUCUCAUUGGGACCGCCCAGGGAGCUGAAAAUACAAAGAUCUCGCUCCCUGCCCUGGGGCCGUGGAAGGCGCAGGACACCAUCCCCGAGAUCCAGCCCGACUACGACGACUCACGCUGGACAGUCUGCAACAAAUCGAGUACCGUCAAUGCCGUCGCGCCGCUCUCGCUCCCAGUGCUCUACUCCGGCGACUACGGCUACCACGCCGGCACAAAGCUCUACCGAGGCCGAUUCGACGGCCACACCGCCACAAGCGCCAAUAUCACCGUCCAAAGCGGUGCCGGAGCUGGCUGGGCCGCCUGGCUGAACGGAGCAUACGUCGGCGGUGCUCUGGGCAGCCCCAGUCUGGCCGCGACAUCAGCCCUCCUGCCCUUUAAUGGCUCCACACUGCGCGACACUGACAACAUCCUGACCAUCCUUAUGGACUACACGGGCCACGACGAAGACAACGUCAAGCCCGCCGGCACACAGAAUCCGCGCGGCAUCCUCGGCGCCACGCUGUCCGACGGCAACUUCACUUCCUGGCGCAUCCAGGGCAAUGCCGGCGGCGAGGCGAACAUCGAUCCCGUGCGCGGUCCCAUGAACGAGGGCGCGCUGUACGGCGAGCGAAUGGGCUGGCACCUACCAGGCUACAAGGCGCCGGGCUCGUCUCCCACAUCCAGUCCCCUCGAGGGGGUCGCCGGCGGUGCUGGCGCCUUCUACACGACGACCUUCCGCCUGGACCUGGCCGACGACCUGGACGUUCCCAUCGGUUUGCAGCUCGGCGCGCCCAACGGCACCGCGGCUGUCGUGCAGGUCUUCAUGAACGGGUACAUGUUCGCGCACUACCUGCCCCAUCUGGGGCCCCAGACGCUCUUCCCCUUCCCGCCAGGCGUGAUCAAUAACCGCGGCGAGAAUGCCCUCGCCCUGAGCAUGUGGGCAUUGACUGAUCAGGGCGCCAGCUUGGAUCAGGUGGAGCUCGUGGCAUACGGGGUUUAUCGUACCGGAUUCGAGUUUAGUCGCGAUUGGUCAUAUUUGCAGCCCCGGUGGAAGGACAACCGUAGCCAGUAUGCAACCGAGCAUGAAAUGGCGACGCGCAAACGCCGCUCGGAGAAUGAGUCGAACAACUCGGCAGAGCCAUCAGCACCGCAAACCCAGAGCCCCGCUGAUGCCCAGGAACAUCUUCUGCUCAUUCCUGGGUGUCGGCGCGCUCUAAUCAGUCUCACAGGCAAGGGGUUUGAGCGGGCUCUGUUGUGGAAGCUCGACUGGUAUAAUUACGUAAAAGUCAUCACCCUAGCAGCAACAGGCUACCGCGACACCGCAAUCAAGCUCGUCGGCGAGCAAGUCAUGCGGCCGCGCGGUCUGACCGGCCUAGCCCAGGACACGCUAGAAGCCAGCGCCGCCGAGCUGCGAAGCGUAUUCGAGCUGCUCGCGUCUGAACAGACGUACCCGGUUCUCGUGCACUGCACGCAGGGCAAGGACCGCACGGGUCUAGUUGUGCUGCUGAUGCUGCUCCUCGUCGGGGAAUCCGUUUCCCCCGCUGCUAUGGCGGACGACUACACGCGGUCGGAGCCCGAGCUGGUCUCUGAGUUUGAUGAACGCAUUCGUGAGAUUCGUGCCCUUGGACUUGAUGCGGAGUAUACGCGCUGUCCGCCUGGAUUUGUCGAAGCGACUACGAAGUACCUCGAUCUACGAUAUGGGGGCGUGCGGCGAUAUCUUACGGGCAUUGGGAUUGAUGCUGACAUGCAGGGGCGGAUUCGGCGCAAGCUCAUCUUCGGUGGGAUAUAG